AUGUCUCCAGCGAUUGAGCGACAGACUUUUCUUGACGAGGUGAAUUCUAUCGAAGAUACUGAUCUGUUACGGCGCAUGCUAAUUCAAAAAGAACAAGAAAGAGACGACAUAGCAAGUAACCUGGAUAUAGCGGCAAGACUCGGAUUAGCUAUAUCAGAAAAAAACGAAGAAUUACAAAUGAAGUUGAAUUUGGCGACUCAGGCUGAGGCUCAGGCUUAUUUCAAGCUGUCGACCUUAGAAGAAGAAAAUCGAAUGUUAUUAUCUAAAGCCUCCCGUAGCAAUGAGCUCGCAUCACAACUGAUAUCCAGCGAGGAACAAGUCAAAACGCUACGAGAACACAAAGCAUACCUUCAAAAAGAAUUAGAAACCGCCCGACGGGAAUUAAAACGAUUUCGAAAGGAAUUAGACAGUUUGACGGGUCAGAUGAAUGAUAUGGCCGAGGAUAUGAUUGAUUCGCGAAGUAAAGUUAAUACGUACGCAAAGAAGUUGGCCGAGGUAGAACAACAUCUAACGGACACACAAGAAAUGAAUGUCAAUCUCUCAAUACAACUAGAAAAAUCACUAAGCUCCCAGAAAAUAUCCAGUGCCACCACAACACAAAUCGUAAAGAUGAUUCAAGCCGACCUCGGACGGGUCGUGUUGGAGAAUGAACAUCUUCGAGCGAGUAUCAAUGAAUUGGAGUCACGGCAGGGUCAUUGUGAAGGCAAAUUGGAUGAAAUGAUAGUUAAUGCGCAAGAAUAUGCUCAUUUGUUGGAGGAAGCUCAGGAUACUAUACACUCGUUAAGCGAGACUCGACUAGAGUCUGAUAUUGAAAAUUUGGAAAUAUCACCUGGUCGAAGUCGUAGUAACACUCUGAAAAACGUUACAAAGGAAACACCUCCAAUGAAAGGAACACCAUUCUCGGCAGAAGUAGAACAACAACUCGAGAAGACCAUCGAGGAACGUCUAAAAUCCCAAAUGUCCUCACCGCGGCAAAAUCCCAAUUCGUCGGUUGUCCCUGUAGAUAUGAAAAAGGCAGCCGCCGGACUAAAGUAUUUGUUGUCGGCUAGAGAAGUCGAAGGUAAAGAUGGUGGCAAAGGUAAAAGCCCUGAAAGGCGACCGUUCGGUGGUGGUUAUGUCUUGCAUUCGUACAAUGUUCGUUAA